GCAGUAGUUAACUAAGAGGCGGAAGGAAGGAGGAGUCCGGGACAGUCUGGAGCUGGAGGGGGACAUCAUGUAGUUUGUUCAACACAGACUGUGUAACUAUUUAGACCUCGGUGUUUUCUCCUCCGUUUAUUCAUUUGAUAACUCAUUUGUGUGUUUUAAUAUCAAACCGACAUCAUGUUCCUGCGCGGAUCUAAGAAGCGACGGUCCAACCGCUCACAGGAGGAAGAGGACCCAGACAGAGGGCAGCCCUGUAUGCGCUGUGGGGACCAGUGCCCCGGCUUCCGCGUUCACGGCUGGAGGAAGAUCUGUGUGCACUGCAAGUGUGUGCGAGAGGAGCAUGCUGUACGCUCUGUGCCGGGCCAGCUGGAAAAGAUGAUGACGAAGCUGGUUUCAGACUUCCAGAGACACUCCAUCUCUGACGACGACUCGGGCUGCGCCUCCGAGGAGUACGCAUGGGUCCCGCCUGGGCUCAAGCCCGAACAGGUAUACCAGUAUUUCAGCUGCUUACCGGAGGACAGGGUGCCUUAUGUGAACAGUCCAGGGGAGAGAUACCGAAUCAAACAACUGCUGCAUCAGCUUCCAGCCCACGACAGUGAGUCCCAGUACUGUAACACUCUGGACGACGAGGAGAAGAAGGAGCUGCGUGUGUUCAGUCAGCAGAGGAAAAGAGAGAACCUGGGCAGAGGCGCCGUCAGACUCUUCCCUGUAACUAUGACGGGAGCCAUCUGCCAACAGUGUGGCAGGCAGAUCUGCGGCGGAGACAUAGCAGUGUUUGCCAAUCGGGCGGGACACAGCAGCUGUUGGCACCCCCAGUGUUUCCAGUGUUCCACCUGCAGCGAGCUGCUGGUCGACCUCAUCUACUUCUUCCACGAGGGACAGAUCUACUGCGGCCGGCACCACGCUGAGAGGCUCAAGCCCCGCUGCCAGGCCUGUGAUGAGAUUAUUCUGGCAGAUGAAUGUACGGAGGCCGAGGGAAGAUACUGGCACAUGAAGCACUUCUGUUGUUUUGAGUGCGAGGCUGCGCUGGGCGGCCAGCGUUACAUCAUGAGAGACAGUCGACCGUACUGCUGCUCCUGCUACGAGUCCCUGUACGCAGAGUACUGCGAUACCUGCGGAAACAACAUAGGUAUUGAUCAGGGCCAGAUGACAUACGAGGGUCAGCACUGGCACGCCGUGGAGACGUGUUUCUGCUGCGCCCGCUGUCGACUCCCUCUGCUGGGGCGUCCCUUCCUCCCUCGAGGGGGGCUCAUCUUCUGCUCUCGGCCCUGCUCUCUGGGCGAGGACCCCAACAACUCUGACUCCUGUGACUCCGCGCUGCAGAGCAAACCGACUCAGCACAGACGCUGCGAGACAGGAGAGAAACACCAGCAGCCCCAGUGUGGUUCUCCACUGCAGCCACUAGAGGGCGUCAACCCCCCUAUAACUCCUGCUAAGGACUGCAUUCACACUGCAGUGGAAAACAGAGGUGUCCACUGCACUGCUCCGGUUCAAAACGGUCUUCCUCAUCAAAAAGGCUCCUACUCACCUCUCCCACACAUCCAUCUAGGAAAUGGCUUAGGUCCAUCUUGGCCCAGCGACCUUCCACAUUACAGUUUACUGCCGGGGGACUCUGGUGUCAAACGUCCUGUCGGUGAUGUUCAGUUCAAGGGAGAGCUAAAUGGAAGUACUGGAAUAACUGGUCUUAAUUCAAGAGGAACCUCUACCGCUAAAGACUGUAGGAACUGGGUGGAAAGGACGAAUCAAGUAAUGCAAGUGUUUCCUCCUCAGAAAACCUCCCACCUCAUUUCACCUGACUCACCGCCCAACAACCCGUCCAUCCUCCCGCCUCCUCUGCCCGUUAAGUCUCGUGACUCGAUGCCCCCGGACUCACCUCCACCAAACCUCCCCCAGCCAGAGGACGGACUCUUGGAUUCUCCGCCCCCGCUGUCUCGCAGUGGCACAGCUCGGGUCAGCUUCAGAGAACCGAUCAGCAGCAGCUACUCUGUCGAGGAGGACAAGGAUGAAGAUGACAACGAGCAGGAGCUGCGAGAGGGCGAGGAGAACAUGCAGGAGGAAGACGAGGUGGAGGGAGGUUUUGGAAGCAGGUUGCACCUACAGAAAGGCAUCCCGCCACAGAUGGAUCUGCUGGAUGGAUCCUCUUAUCACCAGCGGAGUCUGCGGCGUGGGUGGAGCCGUUGCCGCAUCCCCUCUGACCCCGCCCUCCACCCGGGAUCAGAGAGGCGCUCCCGACACUCGCGGCCAGACCGCCCUCGGCUGGACGCCCUGGACUGGAGAGGCGAGAAAGAGAGGGAUGGCCGGGGCUCCUUUAAAGCCUCCUCCCUGACCCUCCAGACGGCCCAGUACAAACACGAAGACUCUUGCUCUACUUGCUCUUCAUCCUCAGACUCAGAGGAAGAGGGCUUCUUCCUGGGACAGCCCAUACCUUUGCCCCCGCAGCUCCGACAGCAGCGACCCGAGGAGGGCAAAGACAGAGAGGUAGAGGAGGAGAGGGAGGUGCAGAGAGACUGGGGGCUCAGAGGCAGCAUAAGGCGGAGAAGAGCUCACAGCCUUGGUGCAAAGGACAAAGAUAAAAACUGUGCUAUCUCCUAACAUGUUAUUUUCUAAAGUAUGGUGCACCAGAAGAACUAAUGGCCCUUCAUUACGCUGGUAUUCAAGCUGUUGAGCAGUUUUAUGAUGGUAACGUAGAGUUGAAUCCACAAAUGUGCAGACUUUUCCAAAGGUGAACCACAGCCAUUGUUCCAGACCAUAGACUGUAUAUAUAGAACUCCACCUCCUCCCGCUGUACAGAAAUGAAGCCAAAAUAUCACGGACACGGGAGCUGCCGUCUUGAGAUUUUGACGUCAUUUAGAGUCAGAGUCUGUGCAGUUGUGAUCAGAGAGCUGAAGCCGCAGUAUCGAGGUCACCCGCCCGAAACCAAUCGCGAGCCGAGCACGGCUGCAGCUUGUCAGCGAGAGAGACUCACAGCUGCCAAUCAUGACAUCUCACCCUCUUUUUAUAGCAUCAAAUAACUAAUUAAA